AACGUUUCCCCUCGCGGCUACAUGCACUGCUCGAGUUGUAACCAGUCUCCCUAAAUCAACAAAGACACAAUGGCACUCGCAAAAGCAGUCUUGACCAGCAAGGCCCCCAAGCCUAUCCCGCAGCUGUCCCAGGCCGUUGUGUACAAUGGCAUGGUCUACUGCUCUGGCAGUCUCGGUAUCGACCCCGCCACAGGAAAGAUGGUCGAGGGAACUGUGAAGGACCGGACGAGACAAGUCUUCAAGAACCUCUCGGCCGUCCUCGAAGCGGCUGGCAGCAGCCUCAAGAACGUUGUCAAGGUGAACGUCUUCCUUACCACCAUGGACAACUUUGCUGCCAUGAACGAGGCUUAUGACGAGUUUAUUACCGCUGAGCCCAAGCCGUGCCGCACUUGCGUUGCUGUUGCCCAGCUGCCUUUCGGCAGUGAUGUCGAGAUUGAGUGCACUGCUUAUCUUAAUGCGCCGUCUGCAAAGCUUUAAACCGAACUUUGAGUUAAGCAACUAUAUUCAAGCUAUACAGAAAUUAAAGUUUAUUUGUUUUG